AUGGAUAUACAUAAUUCCAAGGAUGCUUGCGAUGCCGAAGGGACCCAGCGUCUCCCGCAAUCUGGCGGCGACAACUCCGUCUUCGCGGGUUCCAGUGGCCAAGACAAUACCAGUACCAUCGACUUUGUCACUCUGGGCAUGUUCAUAAUUGACGAGAUCGAGUAUCUCCCUCCUAAGCCUCCAGUGCGCGGUGUGCUCGGUGGCGCCGGUUCCUACUCGGCGUUGGGGGCGCGUUUAUUCUCUCCCCCGCCGCUUUCCAAGUCGGUCGGCUGGUUCGUAGACCGAGGCUCUGACUUCCCCGAGGCCAUCACGGCGGUCGUAGACAGCUGGGAAACGUCUGCUGUGAUGCGGACCUCGCCCGACCGGCUGACAACCCGGGGCUGGAACGGCUAUGUUGAUCAGUCGGAGCGCCGAGCCUUCCGCUAUACGACGCCUAAAAAGCGUCUAACGGCCGAGGACCUUGCUGAAAACCUCUACUUGCUUCAGGCGCGGGCUUUUCACCUCAUCUGCAACCCAACCCGGUGCCGCGAGCUUGUAACCGACAUCGUCGCCCGGCGAAAGGCCGCGGACCCCGAAGGCUACACACGGCCCGUGUUCAUCUGGGAGCCAGUCCCUGACCGCUGUGUACCCGACGAGUUGCUGAACUGCACCAAUACGCUUCCGCUCGUCGACAUCUGCAGUCCAAAUCAUGCCGAGCUGGCCGGCUUCAUGGGCAGCGACGGCCUCGACCCGGCCACGGGCGAGAUCAGCACCGCCGCCAUCGAACAGAACUGCGAGCAGCUGCUCGCCAGCAUGCCGCUGCAGAGCUACGCCCUUGUCGUGCGGGCCGGAGAAAAGGGGUGUUUUAUAGCUAAGAAUGGCGGCCGCGUACGCAGCCGCCCUUCAACUACUAGCGAUGGCAAAAAACAACAGCAGAAGCAGAAAAUGCCCGUGAAAAAGAAAGAGCUCUUACACGGCGGCCUCCAGCCCGACACGGACUUUAUAGCACUCUUCGCCAACCUCGUGCAAGACGACGAGGGCUUUGUCGCCCGCGAAGAAAUCGAAGUUGACCCGGGCAUUGAGAGGUGGAUUCCCGCCUAUUACCAACCAAGCAGCAGUGGCCCCGAAAAGGACGGGCCCGUCGUCGACCCAACGGGCGGCGGCAACACCUUUCUCGGUGCGCUGGCUGUCGCCCUCGCCCGCGGCAAGCCGGUCGGGGAGGCGUGCGUGUGGGCGAGCGUUGCGGCUAGCUUCGCCAUCGAGCAGGUCGGCGUCCCUGUGCUCGGCCGCGACCGCGACGGAAACGAGACGUGGAAUGGCGUGAGGGUGGAGGAUCGUCUUGCGGAAUUCCGGCGCCGUUUAUGA